AUCCGCUGCUUCUAAGCGAUCUGGGAGUGGAAGGUAUGUGAUCUAUGUGAAGGCAGGUAUAUACACUGAACAUGUUGAGAUAGGCUCCAAUCUGAAAAAUAUUAUGCUGGUGGGCGAUGGUAUAGGGCAGACGAUUAUCACCGGAAGCAAAAGCGUUGGAGGAGGAUCCACGACUUUCAAUUGUUUUUCUUUCUUGAAAUGUGGAAUUUCAGCUAGUGUUGGAGAUGGUUUCAUUGCUCGUGACAUUACAUUCAGAAACACCGCUGGUCCCAAAAAUAAUCAGGCAGUGGCUCUACGUUCCGGCUCUGAUCUUUCAGUGUUCUAUAAAUGCAGCUUUGAAGGAUACCAAGACACUCUCUUUGUCCAUUCCGGGAGGCAAUUUUACAGAGAAUGUGACAUCUAUGGAACUGUUGAUUUUAUAUUUGGGAAUGCUGCUGUUGUCUUCCAAAAUUGUAACAUAUUUGCACGCAAUCCCCCUAACAAGACCAACACUGUGACUGCCCAGGGCAGGACUGACCCUAAUGAUACCAGUGGAAUUAUAAUCCACAAUUCUAGAGUUACAGCUGCUUCCGACUUGAUCCCAGUACAAAGCUCAGUCAAAACAUUCCUAGGGAGGCCAUGGCAACAAUAUUCGAGGACUGUUUUCAUGAAAACGUUUCUUGAUAGCUUGAUUAACCCGGCUGGUUGGAUGGAGUGGAAGGGUAAUUUUGCACUCAAAACAUUGUAUUAUGCAGAGUAUAUGAACACCGGCCCUGGUUCAUCCACAUCCAAUAGAGUCAGGUGGCCCGGCUACCAUGUUCUUACUAGUGCAAGCGAGGCAUCAAAAUUCACCGUUAGCAAUUUCAUUGCCGGAAGUUUUUGGCUGCCUGCCACUGGUGUGCCUUUCGCAUCUGGCCUUUAG